UGUAAGGCUAUAGAUAAGCAGCAUAUAACUCAGCCUCGUUCUUUAAAUACCGCGCUGGUUGAUGUAAAAAUGUCUCUGUGCUUUUAAUAAGAUGAAGUGGUGCGCUGCUGCGGCAGCGCCGCUGCGUCCCGCUUUAGAAACUGCACAGCUCAGGAAACCGAAGCGCACCAGCUCGUCCCUCUUAAUCCCGAGGCGAAGCGGAGCCGCGAUAAAUCCCCGCUGCGCCAGCGGACAGAGGCGGGGAGGCUUCUGCCCAGCACGCCUUCCCCUCGGGACAGGUAAGAGCCCCUUUAAAUCCCCGCUGCGCCAGCGGACAGAGGCGGGGAGGCUUCUGCCCAGCACGCCUUCCCCUCGGGACAGGUAAGAGCCCCUUUACCCGUGCUGCACCAGCUCGCGGUGUCCGCGCUGCCUGAGUGUUUACGGAUUGACACUUAAAUCCUGCAAAUAAUUAUAUGCUUGAUAAUAACAACAGGCAUUGCCUACAGCAUGUGGGUUUCCAAUGCUUCAGGCGGGAUGAUGGUACAUUUUUGGAAUUCAUGUCUGGAUAGACAAAAUGACCAGGGACCGGCGGCACCGUGUUUUAGAAGCGCGCGCCUUAAUGAGACAGGGAUGGGCACGUGCGCCGUAAUUGUUUAUUGUGUAUGCGCGAGCGGGAUGUAUGAACACCAUCUAUUGGUCUGAUGAUUUUAUCACAUCUUACAAACAUGUUUAAUUCAUUAAAUGUAUUUUGGUAGCGGAGAAUUUAGCAGAAUAUCUCAGGGUAAACGCACACUGAUGUGAGGGAAAGGAUUCUUGCAUAACGCUGUGAUUUCAUUUGAUCCUUAAAUCAGUCGAUGAAUCACACGAUUGUUUUGCUUUUCACUUUUUUACUGUAGAGUGGAGGAAGCAAAGGCGAAACGCGCUGGUAAGAGGGGCUAAUAUUGGCGUGCAGGGCAGCUGUCGGGCCUGUCCGGGUAAUUAUAGCUCUGUCUGGUGCGGGGAAAGAUUCCAGGAAGCGGGAGCAGCAUUCCGCUUUCCUAACGGCGCAGAGAGGGGAGCGCUGAGCCCCGCACCCUGCAGGCGGACCGACGGAGGGGUGCAGCCCCGCACCCUGCAGGGAGCCGCAGCCGGCGGACCGACGGAGGGGUGCAGCCCCGCACCCUGCAGGGAGCCGCCGCCGGCGGACCGACGGAGGGGUGCAGCCCCGCACCCUGCAGGGAGCCGCCGCCGGCGGACCGACGGAGGGGUGCAGCCCCGCACCCUGCAGGGAGCCGCCGCCGGCGGACCGACGCGGAGCAGCAUGGCUCUGAUGAGGCGCGGACUGCAGAUGCAGCUCCUCCUCUCCUGGGUGCUGGCCCAGUCCUCCCUCACGGAAAACACCUUCCCCACAGGCUUCAGUGCUCUGGACCAGAGGAAGAAAUUCAACCCAUGCUGCCUCCUGGCUCCGCCCCCACCACCACUGUUCCCGCCCCAUCCCCUGCUGUGGGAGGGGCGCAGGCCUAAAAAUGACCUGAGAACAAACAAAGUUGGAAAUGAAGAAGACAAAGAAGACAGAGCUAUGCUUCACGCCUGCUCUCCCAGCCCCCUGGCCCCCCCCGGCACCCCCGGCCCCCCCAGCCCCCCUGGCCCCCCCGGUCCCCCUGGCCCUCCCGGCCCUGAGGGUCCCAGCGGAAUUCCAGGAGUGCAGGGACCAAAGGGAGAAAAGGGAGAGAUCGGCCGGUCGGGGUCAAAGGGUCGGGCUGGCCCACCUGGUCUCCCAGGGCGACAGGGACCUGCUGGCUGGCCAGGGCCGAAUGGGCCAAAAGGGGAGAAAGGAGACCCGGGGCUGAUGGGAUUACCGGGAGCCAGAGGACCGAUAGGCCCAAAGGGUUUGCCGGGAUACAAGGGAGAAAAGGGGUCGCGAGGAGAGCGGGGCGAGGCUGGGAUGAAGGGCAGUAAGGGUGCAGCGGGUCUCCCCGGGAUGUUGGGACAGAAGGGUGAGAUGGGCCCUAAGGGGGAGCCUGGAGUUUCAGGAAACAGGGGGCCCACAGGGCGGCCUGGGAAGAGGGGUAAACAGGGGCCAAAGGGCGACGGCGGGGAGUCAGGCUCCAUGGGGCCGGCAGGCCCUCCAGGCCCAACCGGACACCCCGGCCCCCCGGGCCCACCUGGCUCAGGGCUCUUCCUGGUGGGGGAAAAGGGGGAGAGGGGUCUCCCAGGACCACCUGGUGAGUGCAGCUGUAACUCCCCUCAGAGCAUCAACAACCCCCCCUACGAGGAGUACACCCCCUGGGGUAACUAUGCACGGGUCCCUACGAUAUUUGUGGUGAACAGUGAAGAGGAGCUGGACCGCCUUCAGACAGACAACGCUCUCGCCUUCCGGAAAGACCAGCGCUCUCUUUAUUUCAAGGAUGUGGACGGAUGGCUCCCCAUCCAGCUGACCCGGUUCCAGUCCACGGAGAUGGCCCCGGAGCCGGAUGGCGCAUGCGGAGACGGUCAUGUGCAGCCACACCGCGGGGAGACCUGCGAUGACGGGAACAAGGUGGUCACCGACGGUUGCGUCAAGUGCCAGCGGGCUUACUGUGGGGAUGGCUACCGCUAUGAGGGCGUGGAGGAGUGUGAUGGGAAGGACUUCGGCUUUCAGACAUGCAAAUCUUACCUCCCAGGGUCAUUUGGGCAGUUGAAGUGCACAUCACACUGUACCAUCGACUCUACAAACUGCAAAUACUUCACCUGAGCACUCAGCCCUCAGGCUGAAUUAUCAGUUUAAAAAUCAUCCAGGAAACCAACACAAUCCAUACGCCAUAUCUCCUCUACUGUACGUCCUGUACAAGGACACGUUGCUGAACCAGGAAGUGAUUCACCCACUCACAGGUCACAUGCUGGAACUCUGCAUUCAGUCUUAAUGACUCAACCAGGACUUCAUGACUCCACCCCCUAAUCCUUCCUGCCAGCUGAUUGGACCAGCCAGUGAGUAGGGGUUGGGGUAAUGGGCAUUUCAUGGAAGAAGAGAGCCAAUUGCUGGCAGGGAGUGGAGGAGGCAGAGCAACAUUACCUCGACUGUCUCACUGUAAGAAAGAGCGUUCAGAUCAUCGCCAGGGUGCUGUGUGUUUUAGCGGAAAUGUGAAUGAAUCUGCGUCACAAGCAUGAGGAUCUCUUAACCAAAGCAGAAGAACUGACAGCCUUUAGCUGUGUGACUCUAGCGCGGCCGUCUGGGACAGGAGCAGCACAGAGAGCUCAUAGGAACAGCCGCCCUUACCUGGUUUUGAUGAUGUCACAGUGAAGCUGAUUGGCCAGGAGAACAUGAUGGUGGUUAUACCAGGAUGAUGGAUUGGCCGAGAUGAUUAAAUUAAUAGAGAAGGAAAACAUGUUGUCAUUGUAGAAGUAUUUCCUACAGCUCACUAGCAGGUCAAAUAACACUCCUCUCCGCCACCAGCCCAGCCUGGCUGUUAGUCUGCAUGUGUCCAGAGAGGGCGCUGUGCUGUAUGUGGAAACCUCCAGGCUGGCAGCAGACAGAGGCCUUCAAAGGAUGUGCUCAUCUGUGAAUAUGGCUGCUUAUCCUCCGUGUGUUUUACAGCAGGAACGGGAAUGCUCCAUUUCCCUCUGUGUGAGACUCAACCCCCACCCCCAUACCCCUCCCUCGCUGGGAUCAGCCCUCCUCUUGUUUGGGGAUUGAAAACCUGAACCUGUAAAGUGGAUGUAAAGAAGUUUUACUCCUGAAUAAUGUCACGCCAGUCACCCCCGGCAACAGGAAGCCCUCGGCUCUGCAUGCCAGAGCAGGGAAUGACGCUCAUGUGAACCACAUUCACCACCAUACUCCUGUCUCCAUUCACCACAGCACUCCUGUUUCCAGCACACUGCGCACUGCUUCUGUGUUUCAAAAGUGGAAGAUCAACUUGCUGUGAUCUGAAGGGAAUAAAUAUAUAUGUACAUAUAUGUUAAAUAUGGACACAACUACUUGGUACUAUGCUCUUAAAGUCAUGGCUCAUACUAUGUUAAAAUGAGGAAUGUGGAAUUUCUACUCUCUUCACCUGUAAGAAUGAUGUUUGUGACGGUUGUGUUUGUGUUGUAUUUUGAGGAUGGAAGCCUUUAAAUCACUGGCAGAGUCUGUGCUGUAGAGCAGACAUGCUGGAUUCACAGUCU